CACGCCGCCGCCGCCCGCCGUAGCAUGGGUGCUCCACGCGCGCGGCGCUGGAAGCUGCCGCUUCCGCCCUUCCCCAGGGCCAAGCGCAAGCCGGCACCUCCGUCGCUGCCGCCGCCGCCGCCACCACUGGCUGCGGUCCCGUCCCCGCGGAAGGAGGAGGAGGAGGAGGUGGUGGUGGUGGUGGUGCCGGAGGAGUUCCUGUGCCCGAUCUCCGGGAAGCCGAUGGCUGACCCGGUCAUCCUGCCGCCGGGGAGGACGUACGAGCGCGCAUGCGUCGAGGCAUGCGCGGAGCUCCAGCUCUGCCCUCCCGGGGCCUCGGUGGCUGGCGCCGCCGCCGCCGCCGCGGCCAUACCAAACAACGCGCUCAAGGCGGCCAUAGGGACGUUGCACGAGCGGUCGGGGCGAGCGGCGCCUGCGGCGCCUUCCGCCGCGGAGGCACGGGAGGCGGUGCUCCGCGCGGUUCCUGCGGCUGCGGUGCGGACGAUGGCGGCGCCGGCUGUGCCGACGAUGGUGCCCGCGAGGUCGUCGUCGAACCUGUCGUGCUCCUCCCGCGCGUCCGCCGCGUCGACGUCCUCGUCCGGGUCGUCGUCGGAGAUGGCUACGGUGGAGGUUGUGGAGGUGGCGCGCGUGAAGGACGUGGCGGGUGAGAAGGAGGUGCCGGUGUCGCGGGUCGCUGAGGCGGCGGAGGAGGUGGAGGUAGUUGCUGUGGUGGUGAAGGUGGUGGAGGCAGGGGACGAGGACCAGGUGGAGACGGCUAUGGCGGUGCUGCGGCGGGAGACGCGGGAGAGCGCAGAGAGGAGGCGAGCGAUCUGCGUGCCGCGGCUGCUCGCCGCGCUCCGCCGCGUGCUCUUCUCCAAGCGCCACACGGCCAAGGCGCACGCUGACGCCGCCGCAGCGUUGGCCAACCUCACCAUCGAGCCGGAGAACAGGGUCCCCAUCGUCCGCGCGGGCGCCGUUCCGGCGCUCGUCGAGGUGCUCUCCUCGGGCACCGCCGCAUCACCAGAGGCGUGCGAGCACGCGGCCGGCGCGCUCUUCGGCCUCGCGCUGCACGAGGGCAACCGCGCCGCCAUCGGCGUGCUCCGCGCCGUUCCCCCGCUGCUCGACCUCCUCACGACCCGAGAGCACGCCCCGCGCGCGCGCCUCGACGCCGGCAUGGCGCUGUACCACCUCUCCCUCGCCCCCGUCAACCAGUCCAAGCUCGCGCGGGCCCCCGGAGCGGCCAAGAACCUGCUCUCCAUCGCGUCCGACUCCACCGCCGAGCCCAUGCACAUCCGCCGGCUGGCGCUCAUGGUGACCUGCAACAUGGCCAAGUGCGCGGAGGGCCGGGCCGCGCUGAUGGACACGGGCGCGGUGGCGACGGUGUCCGCCGUCCUCUCCGACGACACCCACCGCUCCGAGCUGGAGGAGCUGUGCGUCGCGGCGUUGUACGGCAUGAGCAGGGGGAACCCGCGGUUCCGGGGGCUCGCCAGAGCGGCCGGCGCGGACCGACCCCUCACCCUCAUCGCCGAGCGAGCCCCCGCCGGCGAGCACAAGGAGAUGGCACGGAAGGCACUGCGCGUAGUGCUGGGCCUAGGUGACUACAACGACGGCGACCUGCCGGGCUGCAUGAACAGCGAGGGCAAUGCCGCCGCCGGCAUCGCCGCGUCAUCGGCGCCGGUCCACCGCCGGCGCGCCGCGAGCUGGGCUGCUGCUCCUCCUGCCCCGUCCCCACCGAGUGAUGCUCGUGAUCAUCACUGGCGAUCAGUAUGCAUCGAUUGAAGCUAUGUUCUGGAGCUAAAAAAAAAAACUCUUUUUUGGUUAUCUGCUCAUCAGAGUGUUCAAUCAUGCUGUGUUCUCGAGUCAUUUUUUGCAUAAUUGCUUGGUGAUUUGUCACUUUGGAUGGCUGGUUAAACUUACUAGAGACAGAUUGUGAGUUGUUGGAAUAUGAUGCAUAUAUGUGUGUGUCUGCACUCUGUACUGAUAAUUUGUUCCAUUGUGUGUCUGACAAUUUGUACAUAGGUGUCCAUGUCUGUUUCAGUGUUGGUUGUUGCUUGCAAGUUUGUGCAUGCCAUUCUCUGUAUAAUUGCACUCUUGAUUUCUUCUAUGUACUGUAGUAAUGGCAAAGCAUAAGCAUAAUUUAAGGCUAAAACCCUCCUACUAAUAGAAUACCAAAGAGGAUUAUUUCUAGGUUGGUGUGAGUUGACAGUUGAAUACUGGAUCAUCUGAUAAAAGAAGAGCUUUGUCUAGAUUGGUUGUCUGCUGAGCAGACUCCCAACCAUAAACAUAGCUUUGCUUAU